AUGAGUUUCAUGGACGAGUUUUCGCAGCUCUCUGUUGCCAGCCAAGCCGUGGCUGUGACGGUAUGCGCCUCGGCACUCUGGAUCACGCUGCGGCUGCUGCGAGCUGUGGCGGCCUUUGCCGGAACCGUCGCUCUGUGGCUGCUGCCCAGGCGGAGCGCAAAGAAGACAGAUGUUGACAGCGAAAUCAGCACCCCACCUCGGCCGCGCAAGGAGCAGCAGCCCCAGGGCGUCUCCAUCAAGCAGCUGAUGAAGAGCGCGCAGAAGAGCAAACUCGGCACCCACGCCGACAAGCACGCCACCAGCAAGCUGGCCAUCAUGGGGCUCAAGGGGCACACCGCGGAGGUGACGGGCCUGUCGUGGUCCCCAGACGGCACAGCGCUGGCCACCGCCUGCGACGACCGCACAGUGCGAAUCUUCAACCUCGCCGAUCCAACCGCCAAGAGCAUUCCGUUCCGCAAGAAGGAGCUGCGGGUGGGGGUGCAGGACGUGGCCUUCGCCGACGACGAGCAGCACGUGGCGGUGCAGACCAAGGGCCUGGUGAACGCUGCGGGGCUGAUGAUGCUCGACUUUGGCCCCAAGGAACCGGUGGAGGAGUGGCACGAGCGGAAUGUGCACAACAAGCUGCUGGGCCUGUGUCUGGCCUCCUCCUCCUCCUCCAAGGCCGGCUAUAGCGUGCUGGCCAGCUGCAGCACCAAGACCGACCUGCGGGUGUACAGCAGCUCCGGCAGGCUGCUGGGACACAUGGACACGGGCGGUUUGAGCAAUUACAUGGCCACAAUCAGCCCCGAUGGGCGCUGGGUGGCGGCGGGCACCUUUACCAGCGACGUCAAGGUGUAUGAGGUGGCGUUUGACCGGCUGGGCGCCUUCACAGGCAUCAAGCUGGCCAUGGCGCUGAAGGGGCACAAGUCCAAGGCGAGCGUCUUCUGCGUGGCCUUCAGCCCCGACCUCACCAAGAUGGUGACUGCCAGCGGGGACGGGCUGCUCAAGGUGUGGAACAUCAAUGUGCGGUACCACAUGGACGAAGACCCCAAGUGCAUCCUCUCCACCGGCCUCAGCCUGCUGCCCGGCAAGUGCUACAGCCGGCUGGCGUGGGGCCCCGAGGGCCUGGUGGCCGGCGUGUGCGGGACCACCCUACACUUCAUCGACAGCCGCAGCGGGGAGGUGGUGGACCGGGUGGAAGAUGCGCACGACGCGGCGAUUACCUGCCUGGCUUGGUCCUCAAGCAAGCUGCGCAGCCUGCACGGGCCGACGCAUGUGCUGGCAACCGGCGGCCUUGACGGCAGGGUGCGGUUGUGGGCGGCUCCCCAGAAGCUGGUGUGA